ACUCCCCACAUCGAUGCUGCUCGUGUGCGAAUGUUGCUUCGAACUGACGUGGAUGUACAGGUCGGCCUGGCAGAAGCUAAGCUGCAUCUCGACCGGCUUAUAGAAUCUCGUCGGCUGCUCUCUGAACAACUUGAAUCUGCUGAGCAUCGAUGCGAAGAGUUGUCCGCUUCAGGUCAAGAAACUUGUCUUCUAGUUGGUACUGUUGACCGGCUCCGCCACGAAGUCCAGGAUCAAACUUGCCGAAUUGCCGAUUUGCAGCAAAAAUUGCUUGAUGCAAGUGAUAGCUGCAAUCCUGGCGCAAAACUUUCCCUCGGUGACAGUUCACUUGUGGAUGCUACGUUCAACAGCAGACUUCAACAAUUAAAUGCCAUUUCUGAUCUUCGAUUUGCCAUAAAGUUUCUAUUUAAAGAGCUUGUAUCAGCUAAAGUUUCUGCUGUCAAAUUGGAGGCGGAUCUAAUUGAUAAGGAUUCCCAAAUUUCUAACCUAAAAGAUGAUCACCAUGCUCUUAACUCUAAGGUGCUAUUCACGCUCUGA